AAAGAAAUAUAACUUUAAAAUAAUAAUAUAUGGAGGCUCAAUGCGACUACCAUCACGAGCAUAAAUAUAUGAACCAUGCGUCUCUCUUUCUGUGUAUAUUUCAAUUCUGAUUUCAGACAUACAAAUGGCUCAAGUCACUCCCAAUCACAAGCUCACUGUCUCCGGUUGGGCCGCUCAUGAUAACUCCGGCCUAAUCACUCCAUACACCUUCAAGAGAAGAGUUAAUGGACCUGAUGAUGUUUCGAUCAAAAUCUUGUAUUGCGGGAUAUGUCACACAGAUAUUCACCACGUCAAAGACGAUUGGGGUAUCACUAGGUACCCGGUUGUUCCCGGGCAUGAAGUAACAGGAUUGAUAACCGAAAUCGGGAGCAACGUUGAAGGGUUCAAGAUCGGGGACCGAGUUGGGGUAGGAUGUCUGGCUGCAUCAUGCUUGGACUGUGAAUUUUGCAAUGACUCAAUGGAAAAUUACUGUGACAAGAUUCAGUUGACAUACAAUGGUAUCUUCUGGGACGGCAGCAUCACCUAUGGAGGUUAUUCUGAGAUGUUGGUCUUCGAUCAUCGGUAUGUAGUCCAUAUACCGGAAAGCUUGCCGAUGGAUGCAACAGCACCGCUUCUAUGUGCAGGGAUCACAGUGUACUCACCGAUGAUCGAUAGCAAGCUGCAUGAGUCGACUGGAAAGCGAAUUGGUAUCAUGGGGUUGGGUGGACUUGGACACGUUGCUAUCAAAUUCGGUAAAGCUUUCGGUCACCAUGUUACAGUCAUUAGCACGUCUCCUUCAAAAGAGAAAGAGGCAAAGGAACGUUUGGGCGCUGAUGAUUUUAUCAUCAGCACUGAUCCCAAACAAAUGCAGUCAAAGAGGAGGACACUUGACUUCAUAUUGGACACUGUGGCUGCACCACACUCGCUUGGACCAACACUUGAGCUACUCAAAGUGAAUGGGACACUGGCACUUUUGGGUGCACCCGACAAGCCUCUAGAGUUGCCUGCUUUCCCUAUGAUCUUUGGAAAACGGACGGUGAAAGGUAGCAUGACCGGAGGUAUGAAAGAAACUCAAGAAAUGUUGAACUUUUGUGGGAAACACAACAUCACAUGCGAUAUUGAGAUGGUUACAUCUGACAAAAUUAACGAAGCCUUUGAAAGAUUGGCCAACAAUGAUGUGAAGUAUCGUUUCGUCAUUGACAUUGCUAGCAAAAACUCAAGCCUUUAA